UGGUUGGUAGCAAAGAAAUGAAGGGUGAAAAUCUAACCUAACCUUCAUUCUGCGUUUAUAACACUCGUUCUAACCUACAAUAUUGUACACGUGUGAGAAAGUGUUUACGUGUUAUGUUUAUAAUUAAUUUUUAAUGGCGUAAUAGUUAUAGUGAAAUGACAAGUAGAUGUGGGUGUGAAUUUCAAACAUAUUAAAUUUUAAUGUUUAAUUCAAACACAUUGUAGUAUACCCUAGUUAUCUAGUUCAUCAAAAUGGCAAGCUUAUCAGAAUUAAUCUUAGAGAAGGUAAAUGAACGUAGUUGUGUUGAUACAUUAACACUAAGCACACUUUUAAAUGAAGAUCAUCAAAAAGUAAUUGGUGCAGUUAAAAGUAUUCAGAUUUUUGGUGAUAUAAUAAAGGUUGAGCAAAUUUCAACUAAGCUAUGGGAGCUAACAGAAGAAGGUAAAGAAGUCAGCUUAAAUGGAAGUCAUGAAGCUUUGAUUUUUAACAAUGUUCCCCUAGAAGGGAUUAAACAGUCUGAUCUAAUGUCAUCUGUACCAAAUGCAAAGGUCGGUUUCAGCAAAGCUAUGUCUAAAGGAUGGAUUACUUUGGACAAAAGCAAUGGAAUGGUUACGAGAAAAGUUAAUGAAAUAAAUGAUGAAGUCCAGGAACACCUAAAAUGUAUUGUCACAAAAGAGGAUCACAAAAUUCCAGCAAACUUGAAACAAGACUAUAAAAAGAGAAAACUACUUCAAGAAAUUACCGUUAAAAGUUUCAACAUUUCAAAAGGCACUCAGUUCAGUUUAACUUUAUCAAAGCCUGAAACUGACUUGACACCUGAUAUGAUUGCUUCAGGUGCUUGGAAAACAAAAUCAUUCAAACCGUAUAAUUUUAAUGCCCUUGGAGUGCCACCCUCUUGUGGAUAUUUACAUCCAUUGUUAAAAGUUCGUACCGAGUUUCGUAAAAUAUUUUUGGAAAUGGGUUUCACAGAAAUGCCAACAAACAACUAUGUAGAAAGUUCAUUUUGGAACUUUGAUACAUUAUUCCAGCCUCAACAACACCCUGCCCGUGAUGCCCAUGACACAUUUUUCCUGUUAGAACCCAAGAAAUCUGAGAAAUUUCCCCUUGAUUAUUUAGAACGUGUUAAAUCUAUGCACAGCAAGGGUGGGUAUGGAUCUCAAGGUUACGGAUAUAACUGGAAUAUUGAAGAAGCUCAGAAAAACCUUUUGCGGACACAUACAACAGCUGUCAGUGCUAGAAUGCUCUACAAUUUAGCCAAAGAAGGUUUCAAACCUAUGAAAUAUUUUAGUAUUGACCGUGUCUUCAGAAAUGAAACUUUAGAUGCAACACAUCUGGCAGAAUUCCAUCAAGUAGAAGGUCUGAUUGCUGAUUAUGAUCUAACACUGGGCGAUCUAAUUGGUGUUCUUUAUGAGUUUUUCAAAAAGCUUGGUAUUACAAAAUUAAAUUUCAAACCAGCUUAUAAUCCGUACACUGAACCAAGUAUGGAGAUAUUCUGUUAUCAUGAGGGACUUCAAAAAUGGAUUGAAGUUGGAAACUCCGGGAUGUUUCGACCUGAGAUGCUGCUUCCAAUGGGACUACCUGAAAAAGUUAACGUGAUUGCUUGGGGACUUUCUCUUGAAAGGCCAACAAUGAUUAAAUAUGGAUAUAAUAAUAUCCGUGACUUAGUUGGACCUAAAGUUGACCUUCAAAUGGUACAAGACAAUGGAUUAUGUAGAUUAGAUAAAUAAUUAGUUUUAGCCUAUUCUUUUCAAUGUGAACUGUUACUGCAAUCAGUGUUACAGGAAGGCAUUUUACAUGGAUAAUCGUAUAACGUAGUAAGUAUUAUGAUGGUCAUUAUAAAUAUAACAUCGAAAUGAAGUAGGAGGAUUAGCCUACUAUUAAAUUAAACUGAAGUUUCCAAAUUUAAAUGAUACUGGGUAGCCUUCUAGAAUGGACAUUCAAUUCACUUUUAAAUUUUCUUUUUAUACAUAAUUCGGCUUAAAAUUAUAUAUUUGUUAUAAUUACAAAAAUAUUUAAAAUUUGAUAUUUUUAUUACAUAUUGUAAAGGGUAGAAAACAAAGUAGAGGUUAUUAAGUGUCAAUUGCCUAUUUUAAAGUAAUUGUUACCAUUGCUUUUUUGUCUGUAAACACCCAAAAAUCCUUCAUACAAAACAAAUUUGUUUAUCUCCCAUAAAUACAUACAUUAAUAACAAUUGUAUUCAUUUUAAAAGUGUAUUUUAUUUUUGUUUGAAAAUAAAAUAGUUAUUACUACAAUUAUUAUAUGUCUAUUUAUAAGUUUUCCGGUCCAUAACAUAUUACAAAUGUGACGUAAAAAUGCUUUUUGUUUGUGAAAUUGAAUUGCUAUGGAAGCCUUUUUGUUGUAUUACAGUGCCAGAUGACAAUAUUGGAAUUCAAAUUCUAUGGUUUCAAAAUUUCUAUCACUCUUUCAGUCUAUGUACCUUUGUCGAGAUAUUUAUUUUUAUCUCUAUUUAUUGCAAUUUAAAUUUAUUUCAUGUGUUGCCAUAUUCUUGUAAACUUACCUCAGUUGUACAGUACACCAUACUUUUACUACAACCACUUUUUUGUGUGAUUUAUUCAUGUAAUUCACAUAUUAGCGAAGAUUCAUCACAAAAACUCUGGUUUCCUUUUUAAUAAUUUGCAAGACAUUAUAAACAUAACUAAAAAAAUGUUCAUAAAACUUGAUAUUGUACUGUUAGGUAGAUUUUGUAUACCAAAUCAGCCUAUUGCAACUGUUCUCAUGAUAGCACUUACGAAAAGUUUUCUACAUUACUCACUGAACAUGAUCUCUAAAGCCCACAAUCAUCCCACUUACCAAAGUACAUUUGUGUGUGUGUGUUUGCUACAUUAUCGUGUUUGUGGGAACAAUAACUGUCCCAAAAAAGUCCAAACAAGUUGAAACUUGGUAAAAAGUCAUCUUUUAAAAAUCUCAGUUAAGUUCAUUGGCAGGCUGGGUAUAUAAUUUCGCUACAAUAUGAACAUCGUUACACAACUUUGUUAACUUACAGACCUAGAGAAAAGUUUUUGGGAAUGGUUAAACAUUUACUUGUAAUGAGCAAUACUUUUAUACAUUUUACACAAAUUUAAUUACUUCUGACUGAGCUGGAAUCAGCCUGUAGCUAGUCAAUCAAUCUUUAUCCUUUUUUAUCAAGCCCAUUAUUUAUCUGAACUUUUGUAACAAUCUUAAUUUUGCAGUUUGUUUUGUAUGGUAGAAGAUAAAACUUAAUUUCUUUGUAAUUUUUUACAAACUAGUAGAAUCUUGGCACUGAAAAAUGACUUGGUAUUAGUUGUAGUUUUUUGUUGUUUGUAAUCAUUUACUCAUAAAAGAAAACCAAAUGUUUGAUAACUUUCUCAAUAAAGUUGAUUGGAUGUUAAACA